AUGGAUGACCCAGAGAACUGGCCGUGGCUUGUCGCCCGGCUCGACCUUAACCAGAUACAUGCAACUGACGCGAUUCCACGCUCACAGAACAACGAUCCCCGCAUCAACUCGACUCGUAACGACUCCAACGGCCAAGGUACCCUCAGCGCGACGGCGAACAGCAAGAGCCCAUCGCUGUCCAAGCUCGGCGGUACAUUCAUCCCCAUCGGCAUCAUUUUCGCCGUGAUUCUGAUUCUGUUCGUGCUUCUGCGCCCUCGACUAAAGCGCGUGUAUGCACCGAGAACCAUCCACGCCAUUCGAAGACCACUAGAACCGAGCCCUGAGCUACCCAACGGUAUUUUUAACUGGGUGGUGCCUUUUUUCAAAAUUUCCGACACUUACAUAUUGAACAACGUCACCAUUGACGGCUUCUUCUUCGUGCGCUAUCUCAAGGUUUUACGGAAUAUAUGUUUCGUCGGAUGCUUGCUCGCCUAUCCUAUCUUAUUCCCGAUCAAUGCGACAGGCGGCAACGGCAACAGUCAGCUUUCUUUGCUCACAAUAGGCAACGUCAAAGACUCUAACAAGCUCUACGCUCAUCUGUUUGUUGCCUGGGCGUUUUUCGGGUUUGUUCUGUUCACCAUUGUUCGAGAAUGUAUCUAUUACGUCAAUCUGCGCCAAGCAUAUCUCUCCUCGCCCCACUACGCGCAGCGCAUCUCGUCAAGAACUAUGCUCAUCACUGGCUUGCCCGAGAAAUACCAGGAUGAAGCCCGCCUUCGAAAGCUAUAUGGCGACUCGGCCAAAAGAAUAUACCUUCCUCGAAGCAGCAAGGUGCUUGCUAAGCUCGUCAAGGAACGCGAACAGACAGCCAAACGACUUGAAGAUGCUGAGGUGAAGCUGAUCAAGAUGACGAACCACGCACGCAAUCAGUAUUUGAAGAAGCAUCCCGACCACCCCGUGAGCCAGCCUCCACCAGAACGCAUACAAGAACAACGAGAGAUGGAUCUGGAGUCAGCGAGCUCUGAGCGCGAGCUCGCGGCGGCAUCCCCGAAGCUAAGCAGGUUCUCCAGCGAAAAGCUAGAAGUUGAUCUUCCCGGACCACGACUACUCUCCGACGAGUCGAUCGAUAAUUUGCAGCAGCGCGAUUCAGAUGAGACCAAGGUCGAUGAAAAGGUUGAUGACACCGAAAAGAAAGAAGAUCACGUGGAAAUUGAAGAGGAUCUCGACUAUGUGCACCCUUACGGCUUGCAUGAUACUCUGCCCGAUUUACGCGGGUCCGUGGCUUCUCUCUGGAUCCCGACUAAGAAGCGCCCGCACCAUCGCCCGAUUGGCAACUUUUUGCGUCGCGUUGAUACCAUCCGUUGGACCCGUAACCGACUUCGAGAACUCAAUUUGCUUAUAUUCAAGACACGCCGUGUCGUACGAAGGGGCGAAGCCGGCACUGUCUCUGCCGCUUUUAUCGAAUUCGAUUCGCAGGAGAGUGCGCAGGCUGCGCAACAAGUUCUCGCGCACCACCGUCCGCUGCAAAUGUCUGCCAGGCUGCUCGGCAUCCGACCAGACGAGGUCAUUUGGAGUUCUCUUCGCAUGAAGUGGUGGGAGCUCAUAAUGCGACGCACGGCGAUUCUGGCGCUGGUGCUGGCGGCGAUUGUUUUCUGGUCGAUCCCAGCGGCAUUUGUUGGACUGGUGUCUAAUGUUGACUCUUUGAUCAAGAUUGUGCCAUUCCUGAGUUGGAUCAAUCUGCUUCCGAAGCUUAUCGUGGGGUUUAUCCAAGGUUUUAUGCCUGCCUUGGCCCUUACGCUGCUGAUGGCGGCUGUCCCUUUCAUGUUGCGACUUUGCGGACGCGUGUCGGGUCUCUCUUCGAUGCAUCAAGUCGAGCUCUUUACACAGAAUGCGUACUUUGCAUUUCAAGUCGUUCAAGUCUUUUUGAUUACGACGCUGACGUCUGCUGCUUCUUCUGCCAUUACCGACAUCAUCAAAAACCCUCUUGGUGCCAAAGACCUUCUGGCAAAGAGCUUGCCCUCCGCUUCGGAUUUCUACCUGUCCUACAUCCUAAUUCAGUGUGUCCUGAGCGGCUGCAAAGAUCUUCUACAAAUCUGGCCGUUUAUUCGUCACGUCGUGCUGGCGAAAAUCACAGACAAUCCGCGCACCAGAUUCAAGGCCUGGAAGGAGCUAACGACCCCGGGUUGGGGAGGAAUAUUUCCCGUCUAUUCCAAUAUGGGAGUGAUUGCGUUGAGCUACUCAUGCAUUUCACCUCUGGUCCUGGUAUUCGCCGCCUUUGGAUUGUGGUUUAUUCAGAUUGUAUGGAAGUACAAGCUCAUCUAUGUCAUGGAUUCUACACAUGACAGCAAGGGUCUUUUCUAUCCACAAGCAUUGCUCCAUCUUAUUGUUGGACUCUAUUUGGCGGAAAUUUGCAUGAUUGGAUUGUUCGCUUUGAACAGCUCCUUUCCGCCUGUCGUUUUGAUGCUGAUAUUUUUGCUAUUUACUCUGCUUGUUCACAUGUCCAUCAGUGACGCCAUUGCGCCCCUUUUGGUCAGCCUGCCCCAAACCAUGAAGAUUGAAGAAGAAAUCCAGAUUGAGGAGAAGCAAAAGGCCGAGGCUGCUGCAAUAGCAGCCGAGGAGUCAUCCGACACGCCAACUGGUGCCGCAAACAGCUAUUACGAUGAGACGCAAACUUUUGGCGAGGAGAGGAUCGAGAGUGAGGAAGAAGAGGAGGAAGAGGAAGAAGGAGAGCAGCACGUGGUGACGGGCACACGGGCAAUGGAAGGUGCAAGCAGUGUUCGCUCGACGGCUAUGGAAUUUUUCAAGGGAAGCAUCAACAAAAAGGUGAAGACUGAGCUCGAGUCGCCGUUUCUCAAGCAUUGGCUGGGCAAAAUCGGCAUCAAUAUUGGCCCCGAGAAUGCCGGCAAGCCGAGCUUCUUCCAACGCUUCUUGCAUCCAGAGGAGUACGAAGACUUUAUCGCCCUACGGAAGCUGAUUCCUGCCGACAGCCUGCCCAACAAGGUGUACGCGGAAAACUGCAGCUACACGCCCCCGGACAUGUGGAUGCCCAAGCCUUCGCUGUGGAUUCCACGAGACGAAGCCCGUGUUAGUCGGCAAGAGGUGGCACACACCCGCGUCUACACACCGAUCUCGGAUCGCGGGGCAGAGCUGGACAAGGACGGAAGAGUUAUUGUAUAUUUUGAACAGGCGCCUUGCGAUGAGCCAAGGCUGCUGAUGUAG